AUGUUUUUAUUGUUGGUUGGACAUUGCUUCUCUAAAGCAAUUCUAAAAUCAAACCCAUUCAGCGAGUGUACAGAUGAUAAGAUAUGGGAUCCUAUGAAUAUCGAAGAAGGAGUUGGAAUUGAUACAAAGAUCUUUAGUUUAGGUCCAAAUGAAUUUGCAUGUAUGCGAGGUAGCUUUGCCCUUGAAUCAAAAGACAAAUUUAUUGCAUACACAGGAAACGAAAGUUCACGAUUACAAUUUUCAAACCCAUUUUAUCUUAAUCCACAGACACAAGAUAUGGAUAUAAUCAAACUCACAUGCGCCGAUAACACAGCAUCAUGCAAAAUCCAAGCCGCAACAGUUUUGGAAACAAUUUUCAGAAAAACCGAGCAUGAGAACAGUCAUAUGAUUGGAUUGUUUACAACAAGAUCACAUGUUAAGUUUGGUUAUGAAGGAGAAAUCAAAAUAGAUGAUAAUUAUAAUAAUUUACUCACAAUUGUUACACUAGGUUCAUAUAAAAGAACGUUGAAAUAUAAAGCUGAUGAUCCAGAUUUAACUGGUAUGACAUUCAACCAAACAGAGUCGCAACCAAAUGAAAACUAUGGUUAUUGCUUAGGAUUGCAACCAUCACUCGAUCCUACAGAAACUCAUAAAACUCAAGUUAAAGCGAAAUAUAAUGUCACAAUUGAUGAAGACAAAUCUUCAGAUGAAAGAGAGUGCUUGAUUGAACUUGAGAAGACAUACGUCUUUCCAAAUGAUGUCGUCGCAGCAAGUAAAGAAGAAGUCGAAGAAAACAGCAAGAAAUAUAACUUUGAAAUCGCUCCUCCUUCUCCAACACCACAACAAACACCACAACAAACACCACAACAAACACCACAACAAACACCACAAGAAACACCGAAACAAACACAGAAACCUCCUAAACUGAGCAAAUUUACUCUCAUAAUCAUCAUUUCGAUCUCUUGUGCACUCGUUCUUCUUAUCGUCAUCUUUGUUAUUUACGUCAUCAUCCAACGACGCAAAGAUGUCACAAAGUCAGAUGCAUCAAUUGCACAACAAUUAAUAUAA